GCGAGGACGGCAUUCUUAACGAAAUCUAGCUUCACUUGGCAUUUGGAUGGGAUCUGCUGCCAGAGGCAGCUCGUCCUCCACCACUGAACUGAGAGCCGCUGUGCGGAGCCGGAGCCUGCAGAAGUACGCCUGAGAACGGGCGGUCCCAAAGGUCCAAGGAGCACCCGGGCUUUGUAAGAAGAUCAGAGCUAAACCCUAAACUGCACAGCAUGCCCGGGUUUGAAGCCUGAGAAUAAGUCGGGAGACAGCCGCGUGUCGUUUGCUUAAGCAGCAGCCGCAGCAGCAGCCGCAGCCGGAGUGCAGCACCCACCACUCCAGCGCCGGACUUGUGAGUACUCAGCAUCUCCCGUCCACGGACAGCCGGAGAACUCUGACUGGAAGCGAUCCUUCACCUUUUCCUGCCCUCCGCAUCUGCCCUCCUCCUUUGACAGACGACCGCCACCCUUCCUCAGACCGCAGGAUGGAGAGCGAAGGCAGGAGCUGACCAGCACCGCCCCGCGACUCAGGAGGUGGAGAUCCCCCGGGUCCGGCCAAAUUCAACACCCAUUUUCUCCUCCCUCUGCCCCUAUAUUACAGACACCCCCUCCUCCUUCCUUUUUCCCUCCUCCCUAGAGACAGGGGAGGAGAAAAAGAGAGUUCAGGUCGUCAUGACUGAGCCGCAGGCACAGGAUCUCCGGGCUCCCCACGCGGCGGGCGGCGCGCCCUCCCCUACCGAGGUCGGGUCUCCUCUGCUGGGUCGCCCGGACGCUGGUCCCUUCCAGGCGAGCCAGACCUCCCUGGACGCCUCCCCGGGGGUCUCGGCCAUCCCCAUCUCCCUGGACGGGCUGCUCUUCCCUCCGCUCAGCCAGGGUCAGGACGCCCCCGACGGGAAGACGCAGGACCAGCAGCCGCUGUUAGACGCGGCGGGCGCGUACCCCGGAGCCGAGGCUGUAGGGGGUGCAGGAGGCAGCAGCUCUCGAGCGCCAGAAAAGGACAGCGGGCUGCUGGACAGUGUCCUGGACACGCUCCUGGCGCCCUCGGGGUGCAGGCAGAGUCGCACCAGCCCUCCCGCCUGCGGGGUCAUUAGCCCCUGGUGCUUGUUUGGCUCAGAGCUUCCCGAGGACUCCCGGGGUGCCCCCGCCGCCAGGGAGGUGCUGUCCCCCCUCAUGAGCCGGCCGGAAACCAAGGCUGGCGACGGCUCCGGGCCAGGAGCGGCCCCCAAGAUGCUGCCCACCGGGCUGCCGCCGUCCGGGCAGCUGCUGCUCCCCACCCCCGGGGGCCCCCACUGGCCCGGGGCCGCGGCGAAGCCGGCCGCUCAACCGGCCGCGGUGGAGGUGGACGAAGACGCCUCCGAGUGCGACGGCUCCGCCGUCCCGCUGCUGAAGGGCGGCAAGCCCGCGGCUCUGGGAGGCGCCGUGGCCGGAGGCGGCGUCGCGGCCGGCUCACCUGGAGCUGCCCCGGGAGGCGGCGCCCACGUCCCCAAGGAGGACUCGCGCUUCGCGGCGCCCCGGGGUGCGGUGGCGGAGCAGGACGCGGCGGCGGCGCCCGGGCGCGCCCCACAGGCCACCGCAGUGGUGGAUUUCAUCCACGUGCCCAUCCUGCCGCUCAACCAUCCCUUCCUGGCCGCGCGCACCCGCCAGCUGCUGGAGGGAGAGGGCUACGACGGCGGGGCCUCCGCGCCCAGCGCCUUCGCGCCGCCGCGGGGCUCGCCCUCGGCCGCGGCCACGCCGGUGCCCUGCUGCGACUUCCCCGACUGCCCCUACCCGCCCGACGCCGAGCCCAAGGAGGACGCCUUCCCCCUGUACGGCGACUUCCAGCCGCCCGCGCUGAAGAUCAAGGAGGAGGAGGAGGGCGCGGAGGCCGCGGCGCGCUCCCCGCGCGCGUACCUGCUGCCCGGCGCCAGCCCCGCCGCCUUCCCGGACUUCGCGCCCCCGCCGCCGCCGCGGGCGCCCUCGUCCAGACCCGGCGAGGCGGCCGCAGGGGGCGUAGCCGCCGGCGUCGCCGUCCCGCCCGCGCCCGCGCCCGCGCCCGGCUCGGCCCUGGAGUGCAUCCUGUACAAAGCCGAGGGCGCGCCGCCCCCGCAGGGCCCCUUCGCGCCGCUGCCCUGCAAGCCCGCGGCCGCCGCCUGCCUGCUCCCGCGGGACGCGCUGCCCCCCGCCGCGCCCGCCGCCGCGCCCGCCGCUCCCGCGCUCUACCCGCCGCUCGGGCUCAACGGGCUCCCGCAGCUCGGCUACCAGGCCGCGGUGCUCAAGGACGGCCUGCCGCAGGUCUACCCGCCCUAUCUCAACUACCUGAGACCGGAUUCAGAAGCCAGCCAGAGCCCACAGUACAGCUUCGAGUCACUGCCUCAGAAGAUUUGUCUUAUCUGUGGUGAUGAAGCAUCAGGCUGUCAUUAUGGUGUCCUUACCUGUGGGAGCUGUAAGGUCUUCUUUAAAAGGGCGAUGGAAGGGCAGCAUAACUAUCUAUGUGCUGGAAGAAAUGACUGCAUUGUUGAUAAAAUCCGUAGAAAAAAUUGCCCAGCAUGUCGCCUUAGAAAAUGCUGUCAGGCUGGCAUGGUCCUUGGAGGUCGAAAGUUUAAGAAGUUCAAUAAAGUCAGAGUUAUGAGAACACUCGAUGGUGUUGCUCUCUCACAGCCAGUGGGCAUUCCAAAUGAAAGCCAAAGAAUCACCUUUUCACCCAGUCAAGAGCUACAGUUGGUCCCCCCGCUGAUCAACCUGUUGUUGAGCAUUGAACCAGAUAUGGUCUAUGCAGGACACGACAACACAAAACCCGACACCUCCAGUUCUUUGCUGACAAGUCUUAAUCAACUAGGCGAGAGGCAGCUUCUGUCAGUUGUCAAGUGGUCUAAAUCGCUGCCAGGCUUUCGGAACUUACACAUUGAUGACCAGAUAACUCUCAUUCAGUACUCCUGGAUGAGCUUAAUGGUUUUUGCAUUAGGAUGGAGGUCCUACAAGCAUGUCAGUGGGCAGAUGUUAUAUUUUGCACCUGAUUUAAUACUAAAUGAACAGAGGAUGAAAGAAUCGUCCUUAUAUUCCUUGUGCCUUACCAUGUGGCAAAUCCCACAGGAGUUUGUGAAGCUUCAAGUUACCGAGGAAGAGUUCCUUUGUAUGAAAGUAUUACUACUUCUUAACACAAUUCCUCUGGAAGGACUAAGGAGUCAAAGCCAGUUUGACGAAAUGAGAGCAAGCUACAUUAGAGAGCUCAUCAAGGCAAUUGGUUUGAGACAGAAAGGAGUUGUUUCUAGCUCACAACGUUUCUACCAACUUACAAAACUCCUUGAUAGCUUGCAUGAUCUCGUCAAACAGCUUCAUCUGUACUGCUUGAAUACAUUUAUUCAGUCCCGGGCACUGGCUGUGGAAUUUCCAGAAAUGAUGUCUGAAGUUAUUGCUGCCCAGUUACCCAAGAUUUUGGCAGGGAUGGUGAAACCUCUUCUCUUUCAUAAAAAAUGAAUGUCAUAUUUUUCUUUCAAAAGACUAAAUUUUGUGGUAUGUAUUUUUGUGGUGGUUAGGAUUAUGAGGUUUCUAGUUUUUAUAAAAUUCUUCUGAAAGCCUUACCUUUAUAACAUAUCAUGCAGUGUAAAUUUAUGUGAAAAAUUGUGAGUCUGAUUUUCUCUUGUAAAACAUAAGUAGAAUGUUUAAAGUGUUUUUGUGUACUUACAUUUUAUUUGAGUUUACAAGAAUGAAAAAGAAUGCUAAAACUUGAAGUAAGCUCUGUCUUAUCCUUAUUAUUUCAUGCCACUUUAGAUGAGGAUUUUUAACUUUGCAUCUAACGAAUCUACUUUGGAGAAAAAAGAACUGUAAUAGUAAAAAGCUAUAUGUGUUAUUUCUAGAUAAUUUCCCUUUAUUUCUAUAAUUCUCCAAAUGAACCUUUAAAAUGGAAGGCAACAAUUAAAUAUUUCUGUGAAAAUUCAUAACCUUAGCCAAAUUUUCAGAAUUUUUUAACACAAAAUAUAUAGGUCCAGACUUUGAAACCACUGAAAUGAUAGGGAAAACAGGUCUUAUCCUGACUGUUUCCCAAAUUGGAAACACAGAUUGAUCUAUAAAGAAAGUUAAUAUGCAACUGCAUCAUUAAGACCACAGUAGUGGGAAUUUUGCAGGUUUUUCUUUCUAAACUUCUUUGUGAAGGGUUAUCCUAAAAUAAAUUAUUUCAAAUAGAAAUAAAAAUCAGAAAAUUCUAGGACCUCCUCUCCAUCAUUGGCAUGUGGAAAAUUAGCCUAAGCUGUUCUCAAUUUCCUUGCCUUUAAAGGUGGUGUAAUAUUAUCUUUCUUGUCAAAUGCUUCUUUUGGCCAGAGCUUCUUAUUAUCAUUUUCUCAAAUCUAACAAAAGCCAGGGUGAGGGGGGUUAUCAUUUUUUUUCUCCACUGCUCAAACAGUGUGGAGGAGGAUGCUCUUUCAAUGAAGCAUAGUAGAUAAAUCUCAGGUGAAUUGUUUUGUGUCUCUGAUCCAAAAUGUAAGAGAGAUGCUUCAGGAAAUAGACAAAUCUCAGGUUGAAAUUUUUUGAGUGCGUCGGACCCAAAUAGCAGAGAGAUUUUAGGAAAUACCAGAUACUGGCUUAAAAUGAUACAACCAAUUACAGCAACUAGAAAACACAGUUUACAUUGUUGUUUUAACUGAAAAUAUGCCUUUGGAAGGGAUAAGCAUUCUUUUCUGAAAUGUAUCAUUGGAAAUCCCUUUUAAAACAAAAGGAAAAAAACAUAUAGGCACCAAAUUUAUACCACUAAUGAAUUUCAAUCAAAUAAAUUAGAGUUCUUUCAUAAAUAUCCAUUUUAGACAUACAUAUGUUUGUACAAUGUUUAACAACUCAGAAAACCUAAUAUCCUCAACUUUUUCUGUUUCUUCUACACAAUGCUAUCUUACAAAAAAUUGCACUAUUAAUCAUUAAUAAUAAAAUAGUGUAGAAAGUCUAUUAAGCAGUUUCUAAUUUCUUAAUGCAUUUUAAUUACUCACUUCUUUUAACUGAUAAAUAUUUGAGGCUUACCAAAGGAGAAUAACACAAAAAUAUUCUUAAUAAAUAUAUGACCCUUAAAACAAGGUAAAGUGGUUUCAUAUGAUGAAAAAUUGGCAUAAUUAUCAACAUAAUUUUAACAUACAUUCUUCAGUUUAAAAAUUGAGAUGGCUAUGGGCUAUCUAUAAAUAAUGGAUUCUCAUUGGAGAUUUUAAAAUAGAAACUAAAAUAAGCUCUAACCAAUACCCUUGGCUUGGGUUGAUUAGAUCUAUUGUCAAAUCUGAUACGUAACCUAACUUUAUGGUUAUAACAUUCAAGGAAAGGUUAAUGCACACAUUUCAAGUACUCUCAACAUUAGAAUAGAAAUGGUCGCUCUCUCACAAUCUCCAUGUAAAUGUCUUUUUCUAUAACAUAUAUGGAAUACAGCAUGCUGUUCUGUGGUAUUUGGUUCUUCAGUCUUCAUACCAUAUAUUUCUCUCUUCACUCUUCAGGCUGCAAUUAUCUUCCAGAAAAGUAUCUAAUUAUAUCAUACUAUCACUGAGAAAUAUUCACUGGUUUUCAGUCACCUAUCACUCAUAGCUGCAUACUGGAAUUUCCAAGUGGGUUUUUAAAAAAUACUAUUACCUUAAAAAGUUACCUGGACUUCAUCCUUAGCAAUCAUAUUUCAGCCAGUCAACUUGAUAUACUCAUAUUAUGUUCCAACCAUGACAAUCUUCUAACAUUAACUUCUCUUCCAGAAUUCUCUGUUGAUACCAUGAAUCCCAUGCAUUUAUCAACUUUCAAGACCUAGUCAAAUAACAUUUCUGUAGUCUUCAAGUCUUCAAGGUGUUUUACUUUCUUCUAGGUUCACCUUCCAUUUUGUAAACUUCUGACCUAAAAAAUCGUGUAUUUGUAAACUUCUCACUGUUCUGCAAAUCUGAUCAUCUCUUUGAGAUGGGACAAUACUGUUUUGUUGACAGAAAGUUGAAGGAUAUAUUCUGUGUUUUUUGUCACCAUGGUCUCUGUCAUUCUUUGGUUUCAUUGCUGACAUUAUUUGUACUCAUGACUUACAACUUUUUUCUGUCUCCUUUCUCAUGAUCUUAUCUUCAUCUUCGUUUUUCUUGAACACUUUAAAAUUUUUCACUUUCUCCUACUUUGUGAGAUCUCACUCUUUACUGACUAAAAUGUAUGAGUACAUUUUUAUGUACUGAGGACAAUACUUUUGUUUCUUAUUGUAUGUUUUAAAACUGCCUGUGCAGAAUACUACUUCCUUCCCUACUAAAAAUUCCACAAAUACAAUUGUUUCUUAUAUUUAAGUAGCAUUGAAUUGUUUUGUACUGAAAGCAUCAAUAUAAAGUUUUCCUCAUUUGUAAUUUCUUUCAAAUAUCUAUUGAAUACCUGCUAUUAAAAUACAAAAUACACUAAUAAGCUUCUUGAAAAUUUGGAGCUGAUGAAGUUCUGUAACUCAAAAAAAUUACAGUCCAGUAGAAAGUAUAAAUCACAAGUGUCUGACAAAUAGUGAGCAAUCAAGUAUUUGUUGAGUAUAUAAACUUUCAUUCAUGAGAUUUAAUAGGUAUAAUAUAUUAUUUACAUAGAAUUUUAGUAAGACAAAUGUAGCAUAAAGACAUUACUUUAAAAUUGAUAUUAAAUAACUUCUAAAUGUAGUCAGGGGCCAGUAAUUUAUAUGCACUAAAUCAAUAUGGACAUUUGUUUAUUGAAAAAGCAGUUCAUUAUUUUUCCUUAAAAUGAUCUCUUAAUAGUAUUUUUGAUAUAUCCCAUACACGAUAAUUAAGGGGAAUUUACUUCUAUGAAAGUGUUUGACAUAAUUACAAGAAUGUUGAGUGUGUCUAAAAAUCAAAACCAAAACCUGUGUUGUCCUUUUAAACUCAGGUAUUAAACCCAGGGAACAGUUGAUAUGUGAUCAUUUCAUUAUCUGAUUCUCACUACUUUGAAUGAAAACAAUAAUUUGAUUGUAUAAAUCCUUUAUCAUCACUGUUUAAUUUCCAAAAUUACUUUAAAUUUCUCUAAAUUUACUUAAUUAUCAGAGAAUACAAUAUAUGGGGCACAGGGUUGGGUUUAACCAUUGUUUGACAGCUUCAAAAGAAUGUUCGAUAUUCUUUAUUUUGAUGUUGGUCCACAAUGUAAAUAUCUAAACAAUAGGAUUUAAUACUUAAGGCUAAGAUUAGAUAAGGAAAAAUUAAGUUCCAAAAAUUAUGUAACAUUACCAAAUGGAAGAUAUCUAGCCUCUAAAUCUGUUACUAUACAAAUUCCUACUACUAAUAUCUCUAUUACUACAUAGUCACACAACCUUUAUCUUCCUUUAUGUAGGCCAUGUUCUUUUUGGUAGCUCUAAAGCAAAAUUUAACCAUAAGAAGACAAGUUACGUAUCAAGAAUACUUGAAGAGUGCUGAAAUAGAUUGUUGAGUAAGUGAAAAGUUUUCUUAAAAAAAUUGAAAAGCCAUUUGAGUCAGAAGCAAUUACACCUCUGUUUUCUGUUUUGUUUUGUUUUUUACAGUUUAAUACGACUUUUUAAUGUUGAAAGAUGUGGCUCUUUUUACUUAGAUUAAUUCUAUGGUAUUAUAUUUUCACUUUUAACAUUAAUGUAUCACUCCAGAGGUGAUAUGCAAAUAUGACAGAUAAUAUGUUUUCCACUGCACCAUAUAGGCAUUGCAGGUGGACCUGUAACUCUCAGAUUAGUCACAGCUACUGAUGAAUGUAAUGAUGGCCUCAUAGACAGACUGACCUGGAACCGGGCCUUCUUUUCCUGCCACACUCUGGCUGGAUGAGUGUAAGUUACACAGUCUCUCUCAUUAAACCUUUCCAUCUGUUUUGUGAUAAAUAGAAAUGGAAACAAAGCAAGUAUAUAGGUGUUCAGAAACAGUAAUUGUCAUGUUUGUCUUUUCAUUAACGCAUGGUUCUGGCUAUGAUUUUAUCAAACUAAUCAUCUGUAUUCUAUAGUGAAACUAGAAAUCCAAAGAAUCCACUUUCUUUACUUCUACCACAGUGUGAUUAUAUAUUUGGCUGAUUUGAUUUGGAAUUAGGGCUGGAUAUAUUCAGUUAAUUUCUUUUCUUGAAAAGAUAGUCAUUUGAGUUUGGGGUCUGUUUUCUCAGAAAUCUGAUGAGCCUAUUAUACUUUUAUUAUAAAUAUAUAAGAAUAAUUAUAUUGACAUUGACAUUUUUUAGUUCUCUUUAAAAUAUGCAUAGUUUGACUAGAACACACCCUUCCAGAAAUCUAUGAACUACAUGCUAUAAAAAUAGUGCUCAAAUUAUUUUUACUAGGGCAGUAACUAUACAAAAUUCAACAAUGGGGUUAAAAAUCACGAAUUUAUCAACCAAAAAUAAUAUUCCUCUCCUGGAGAGGGUUAUGAUAAAAGAGAUCUUCAUCUAAUUUUGUAUUCAGUUACUCACUGUGCCAGUGCUGAUAAAGCAAAAUGGACAAGAGAAUAACUCAAGGAAAGAGUUUUCCCCAAGUAUGUCUUCUAAGUAGCAGGGGAUCUGGAGCACUUCCACAUCAUUUAAAUUUAAAAGAAAUGCACAGCCAUCUAGUCUAAAGAAGUUUGCCAAGUCCUAAACUGUUUACAACCACUAGACUAAGUCAUGAAUUGUGGUUCUGGUUUCACAAUUACCCCUAUCAAGGUUGUGAAAAAGGAAAUUCUCUUUGUACCUAGCAUCUGCCAUCUAUUUUAUUAACAUUAUUCUGUACUCUCUGGUCCUGAAAUUCAAAAUUGUUUAAAGGAAGUAAAACUAACUAUUGAUUUCAUAUUACUGAAUGCAAUUCAACCUGCAUUCGUUAAUAUGCUAUAAUAUAAAUCCAAGUUGCACUGGGCUAAAUAACUGAGUUCAAAUUGUGUUACACCCUAUUCGAACUCAAGAAAUAGCUUCACAAACCACCAGUUAGCUGGACUAAUAAAAAUUAUACCUCCAGAGUCCUGAAUCAGUGUGUCUUUAAAAAUUAAAAAUGAUAAGCCGAGAAUAGUUUCCUUUAAUAAUUUAUCCUCCAUAGAACUGGAGAAGAUUUAAGAAUUUGAGGAACAUUGGUGAUAAGUGAGAUAGCACGUUUAUGGCUGCAACUGCUGGGUUACUGCUAAGAGAAGGAAAACAUGAAGGGAUCCGUUCCCUCCUAGGAGUUGACCUCAUUCCAAGGCAGAGCUCUAGGCACAUGCCUGGAGGCUGCGCCCAGGCUUGUCCAAGCCCUGUGCAGCUGCGGAGUUUGGAAGACUCUUGCAGGACUGCUGGAUUAGUCCCAGAAUGUCAAGCUCAUUUUCAGUUUACUGGCUCUUGUUGCUUUGUGUCAUGCUGACCUUAUUGUUAAACACAGGUUUGUUUGCUUUCAUACCACUCAUGAGAAAUGGCGAAAGCCUUACUUUUAAGCUGGCUGAAAGCAUUAACUGACAAAGCACUUUCAGAGAAAUAUGAAUUGGACAGCUAAGAAGCAUACUAUCCUUAUUUACUUUAAAGAAAAUGUACAGUCUUAUUAACUCUGCAAUGUGACAUUAGUGUCACUGACCAUAUUUAGAUAGAUAUGAAUAAAAUAUUUAAAUAGCAUUGUAAACAGUUUUCAGGACAUACAAUAGAGCUUAAUUUUUACUAUCUUUUGAAAUUGCUCUUAGAAUAUCAACUCCAGAUGUAUCCAAGUUACCAAACACAAAUUAUCCUAAAUGAAACCCACUUAAACAUGUUUUUCUUUUGUCAAUUAUACACAAAGCUUAAAUUUCUUAGGCUGUGAUGUUUACUUCUGUAUUAUUUUUGUUAUUAACUAUUUUAGACAACAGUUAUUUUAAGAAUUUUACCAUUCUCACCCAGAAAAGCUUAAUUUUAAAUUAUGCAUCAAACUGUGUUCCCAUAAAGAUCAAGUUGCUUUCAUUUCAUGUCUUACUAUUUAAGACAUACCAAUAGAACUGCAUAGUAUGAAACAAUUAUGUCCACACUGAUUUGGUAUUUUUUUAAUGCAGCUUUAAUUUGGUAGCCUCAAAAUUUUAUUUUUUUUCAAUAAUAGCAAAAUAAUAGACUUCUACCAUAGCUUUCCUAAAUUGGGCUCUUAAGCAGAGAUUUGAAGUCAGUAUUUUAUAUAAUAUUUUAUUCUUUAAGGACUUUAAAACUCGUAAGAAAGACCAGAAGAGUGUAGGAGUAUUAAUACCAAUGUAUCAUGUUUUUCGUCAGAGCAGAGAUGCAGUGUGUCUUACACUCUUUAGGUUAAACACACUGGCCUGAAUUUACUUCACAUGGUAAGCCCAGUAUUUCACAUGACUAAAGAUAGGAAGGAAUUUUCAUAUGGAAGCAUUUAACUCACUUUAACAAAUUGUUUUGACUUUAGUAUUCUAUGUAUUUUAAUUUUGUAAAAUGUUCACAGUCACAAGAAAUAUCAAAAUUUUUAUUUAAAAAAUUCAAAAAAUGCUUUUUCAUUGAUAAUCAGAAUAAAACAGAUGAAACAAAAGUUCUGUUUUUGGCGGAGUAGAUACGACUUUCAAGAUUUAAAUGAAGAGCUGUCUUAAAUAGUAAAUAAGAUUUUUUCCUUGAUUAUUGAGCAAUGAUCAUAAAAGGAUCAUACAAAACCUUAUUAUCCAUGAUAUCAAGAUGCUAAAUGGUAGAAAAAUUAUCAUUUACUAUCUAAAAAGCUUUCUUCUUUAUGCUUCCUACCAGAAAUAUUGUAAUUUGGGGCUGUAUGGUUCAGAAAAAUAUAAUUAAUGCAUAAUCUAUUUUUUCAACUAAUGGCAUCUUGAUAUUAUCUUCAUUUUUAAAAAGAAAAAGACUAGCACUGCUUGUCCUUUUUGACUUUGAAAGUAGGAUCACAGCACCAUGUGCAACACUAAAAAUACAAACUUCAUGAUUUUUUUUUUCGAAACUGGCAUUUGAACUCACAACCUCGCACUUGCCAUGCAGGAGCUUGUGCAACUGAACUAUAUUCCUGGCCUCUCUGUAUAAACAUUUUAUAUCAGCAUAUCAUAGCCAAUUCUUAGUUAAAAGAAAAUAUACCCUACAGCACAAAAACAAAACAGAGUGAGGUUUUUGGGGGGUUGAGGAGUUAAGUUGAAAAACAGUAUUUUUUUAGCAACCACCUACAUACUAUUUCCUGUAUUGUGUGUCAGUCACCCUUCAAAUUUUGGAGAUAACUAGGAUAACUAGUGAACAUUUUAGAAUUUCCUCUUUCCUUAGCUUAUAGUUGAAGAAGAAAUAAAAACAUAAACAAAUAGCUACAUUGUAUCAUGAGCGCUAGGGAGUCUUAGGGAACUAUUAGAGGACCAAACAAUAGUUCCCAGCUUAAAGUUAAGGUUGGCCAAAGGCGUUCUGCAGAAAGGCAGAUCUAAUACAUAAUCUGAAAGUUACUGAAGCAUUAUCUGAGCAGACAGGGUUCGCAGAUGCUAGAGGCAGGAAAAGAGAAAGAGUAUUCAAACUAGUUGACAGCACAUACACAAAAAAGAAUACUCAUAUGGUCAUGGCAGCAAGUGGGGGGCGGGCUGAUGAUGAGACUAAAGAAGAAACCAAGGUCCACAUACCACUGACUUUGAAUUCCAUAUUAAGGAAUGUGGACUUGAUUUGGCUGUGAACAAAGCAGUACAAUUUAUAUAAAUAUAUUCAAAACUCUCCUAAUAGGUAAUCCAGAGGCACUGCACAAUUUUAAGGAAGUUGUAGUGUUUUGGUGAAAAUAAUGACCAUAAAAGCAUUAAGAGCUAGAGGUGAUCAUGACCUCCUAAUUUUCCAGAAUAUUUCAUAAGAUAACUUAGACGCAUUGACAGAAUUAUGAAAGUAGAAGAAAUACACCAUAUGAAUUGCCAAACACAAGACCAGAUGUCUAAUUAUUCUGCUUCUGUGUUGAAAUUGCAAAUUUUCAAGAAAGACAAUAAAUACUAACAAAGUGUGGCUUCACUGAGUUGGAGCAUCAUAUCUUUCGAAACAACUAGUCACUCACCAAAAUCGCCACCCUUGCGUGUCGCUCCAACCUCAUAAUCCGGGUCUGUGCCCAAAAGUAAGAUAACAGCUCCAGGUCCAGCAAAUGGAAAAGAAAGAGAAACAGUAAUACUGUUGUGAAGUAAAGUAAGUGUCUUUUGUAUAAAGCCUUCAGAUGUCACCGUUCAAUAGAAUUACAAAAUAGAAUAGGCAAAAUAAACCACAGCUCCUAAUAUUCACCAUAAGAUCUGGACUUCAUAAUCUCUCUAAACAUCAUGAGGCGCUAAUAAGGGAGAACUGGUGAAUGAUAGAUUGGGAAGCUAACCUGACAACUAAAAAUAGCCUAUGAGUAUAAGAUGUUGGAGCCUUACGUCUUGUUAAUUCAUCCAUUUUUAACAAGGGUCAGUUUUCCUUUUUACUCCCAUUAGCCAGCUAGCAAAGGAAGACUUUUACUAUACUCUAUAGAAGCAGUAAUGAUGGGAAGGGAGGAUGUAUUCAAAAAAAGCUUUUCAAACUCAUGCGAGGUUUUGUGUCAGGAGGAUAGGACUCUCCCUUCAUUUGCAUAAUCCUUAGCGGUCCCCCUGCCUAGUUAUGAACUCAGUGCUGUCAUCUCAUCUCAGGCUAUAGCUCGUAAAUUUACCUGUUCUUCCUGCUCCACUACUGCAGGGUACUGUGCCUUUUCUCACUUGAUAGUUUCCAUUCCUUGCUGAUGCAACAGAUACCUUUUAGAUGAUCUGUUUUCCCAUCUGGCUUCUAUUCUAGCUUUUGUUGCGGGGUCAUCUUGUUCUUUGGGGAGGACCAUGGUUCCCACUAACCCUGUACCCAGCUAGCACUGGGCUGAAUCUAGGCUUCUCAGAGAUGUGUAUUUUACAGCCCCAGACAGGAGUCGGAAUUCUUGAACUCCCCUGUUGGUCUGAAGGGUCUACUGUGCAUCUCACCCCUUUCCAAAUUUAGUCCCAAAGUGGACUCCGACCUCCUUAACCUACCUCUCCCUUCCUUUGCACAGUAACAUCUUACUUCCUGCUCCUGUCAUUUGGAGACUGAAUUCUUGCGUGUAUUCCUGAUAGCUCUCUCUGACUCAGGCCACCUUCUGAGGAUAUUUUGGGAUUUAGAAAACUAUUUUUCUCUUAGAAAGCCCUGCUCUCCAAAUGUGCCUUGCUACGAUUCUCAGAGACCAGUGGAGGAAGUCAGAAGCUGAAUACUGACUACGCAUUUCUGGUGUAACAUCUCAAAUUCCCCUCAGCAACAAGCUUCCCUUCCAAUUACCUGAAAAGUCAAGUGCCAAAGACUGUUGCAAAGGUUAUUGUAUUUCAAUAAGCAUAUACUUUGAUGCACUUUGAAAAUUCAUAUGAGGUUUUCUGUCUUGAAGAUGGAACUAUCCCUUCAUCUACAAACACCUAACAAUUUUUCUGCAUAGGCUGCUGACAAAUACAAAACAAAAAACUGGGUGAUCACAGAAACCUAACACUACCAUCAUGUACUUAUUUUCAUGCUAGGAUUUAUACUCCCCUUAAAACAAUUUGACUGAUUUAAAUGUAGAUUUUCAGAUUUUUUGCUGAAGUUGGUUAAGUAUUCAAAGAAAUCCAAUCUUACUUGUUAGUAAAACUAAUGUUAUUGCUGGCAGGAGAUGCAGGGAACUGUCAUUUCUUCUCACGACCCAUGCCCUUUUUUGGUUUUCUUUUCUACUACUGUUUUUGAGUAAACAGUGGAUCACUAAGUACAUUUAUAAUACUUAAACUUUGAAAGAUAUUUAGCCCUGUAUACCAUAUUGUAUAAUUUUACAUCCCCAGCUCUCAUUUGAAAGUAUGUUGGAAAUUGAAAGGUUUUGCUAAGAUGCAGACUAGCAUUGUGUAAACCAGCACUGAUUCCCUGAAAAUGACUGAGUGACAAGUGCAGAUAAGUACUAAUUAGGUGACAGAGGGAACCUAACAUCAUCAUGGAGGACUUACUCUCAAUCUAAUGUGAAAAAUGCUAUCUCUGUUUUUAAAUUAAAAGUGGAUUUCAGAGGAAAUAUUUUUUGAUUCACACAAAAAGACUGAGUCAUUCUGCUCAGGCUAACAGGUAUCCUACAUUAAAUUGGCUGGCAGUUUGAAAUGAAUCAUCUUCAAAUAACUUACUAAAAGCAGUAAUAGGAUCCAGGUGUGAUGGCAUAGUUCUCUAAUCCCAAUGCUGUGGGAGGCUGAGGCGAGAGGAAGGAUGGCAAGUUCUACCCCAGCCUGGGCAACUUAGCCCACUUGGCAAGACCCUAAACAAAGUUUUUAAAAAUGAAAACAGGGCUGGGGAUGUAGUUCUACAAGAAGACCCUGGGUUCAACCUCAGUACCAUGCACACAUGCAAACACAAAAUAACAUAUGAAUAUGAUAAAGAUUUAACUAUUAUAUUUCUCUUUACUAAUGAAUUACAGCAGCUCAAACUUCUCUACUAUAUAAUUACAUACAAAUCAAUAGUGCAUUAUUCUGUCCUACUUACUUUAAAUUAAAAGCAACAUUUUAAUUUGUACAUAUAGAGUAUACCAUAAGAUUUAGUACACUUAACAUUAAAGAGAAAGAAUGUAACUUAAUUGCAAAUAACAGUAGUUCAGGCUAUUUAUAGGGCUAUCAUUUAGUACAGUACUGGAAAUUUCCAAAUAUGCCUUUUUAAUAAGUGCCUAGAAUUAGGUCUCUGAACACAAAGAGACAAAGAGUAGAACAGAUUUCUUAUUCUAAGUUCCAAGUGAUCAAAUGCCAGAUUUUUCCAAUUGUUUAAAACGUAAACAUGCUUAUUUCUUUAAAAUCAACUGGAUUUGGAGUAAAUUGGAGAAACUAGAAGGUUUUAUUUAAUCACUUGGCUGUGAAAAUAUUCUCACAACAUAAAAAUAUACUAUAUUGAUUCCUGGUUAGUACUGUUUUUAGUUUUUAAAUUAAACAUGACCCACAUUGAUGUUUAAAUAACUUAAGUAAUAUUGAGAGAUUUGAUACUUAAACUAUAAAACAAUAUGUUUUUGUAAAUAUCUUAAUCAUGGGUGGUGUUUUUCUAAUUUAUAGUUAAGUGAUGAAUAAGGAGAAAGUAUGUCUAUGAAUGUAAAUGUGGGCUUUAUUCCUUUACUCCCUGUUGUCACUGUAUUGACAAUAUGGAGUCACCACACUAAGUUACACUGUACAGCUCUGAUGCAUAAAAACCUAACUCUAAAUACCUGCUUUUUAAAGGCAGUGUUUUAUUUAAAUGGCAGGAGGUUAUAUUUACUUGGUCAGAUGAAGGCAAAUCCCAUCUAAGUGAAACAAACUACUAGACUGCAGAGAUCCAUGAUCAGUUGUGAGCAGCUUGGAAUUCAUCAUGCCUAAACAACUGAAGUACUCUUUGAAAACACAUACUGUUCUCAUGCCUAAGUAUCAGUUGCCCGUGAUUAUGAUACAGUAGAAGAAGAACAAUAUAACACAGUGCUGAAGGGCACCAUGCUAGAACCAAACUAUCACAGAUUCCAGGCUUCACUUGCUAAGUAUGUGUGACCUUGUAACUGAAUUCAUCUCUCAGCCUUAGAUGUCCCAUUUGUAAAAUAACAAUUCCUCUAUCAUAGGAUUGUUAUGAAGAUCAAGUUGGUAUAAAUACAGAGCAGUAACUAACAUGACAAACAUUGUCUUGUCUAACCUAAGUGCCUUUUUCUUGAAUAGAUUAAUAAUUGAGUACAAACAAUAUUUAAUUUGUACUUUACAUAAUUUAGAAAAGUUAAUUUUAAUACCUUAGGUCAUGAGAAAUUCAAUAGCAUCAAAAUUACUUAUCAAUGUAAAUUCAUUUCAACAAAGGAGAUUAAUUAUGGGCUGUUAAAAGUGACAAAAAUCAGGUUUUAUUCAAUAAAAUCAUCGAUCUUCGAAGCCACAAUUUUUUAUCAAUUCCUGUUUCUGAAAUAAUUUCUACAUGGGCAAAUUGGACUAACUGAAUUUCACUUUUAGAAAUCUAGCCCCCCCCUCCACACACACACACACACACACAUUAAAAAGCAAUGCACUGAUUGAUCAAAAAAUACCGUGAAUAUUAUCUUAAAUGCUGUUAGUCAAGUGGAAGUCAUACACAAGUGUGUAAAAUCCUUUCUUUGUUAUCUCAAAAUGAGAUGGGGGAGACCUCACUUUGACCUAAGUAUUUAUAUUUAAUGAAGUACAGGGUGUGUGUCUGUGUUUUCUUUAAUAGGAUUCCAUUCCUUCUACUUAUUUUGCCUGUGUUAAUAUCAAUUCUUAUUUAUAAUAGGUCAAUAAUAACCCUUGCUUGAUCAGUUUUCCAGUUUUUCCUGUGUGUUUUAUGAAUUUAAGAAAGGUUAAUUGUCAUUAAUAAUUUCCUUAAGAUAAAAGGCAAUAAUAACCUAUUUGACAAUCUAGGUAAGAACGGAGGUAACUAGUAAACCGGAAUAUAUAUACAUACCUUCGAUCACCUACUAGAGAUAGCCUAUGCACUAAUUUUAGAUUCCUGUUAAUAGCACCCAAAUGAAUAUCUGAGUGAAACAAACAUCAGUACAUCACCUAAGGGUCAUGGAUUAGAACAUCUUGUACAAACAUUUUUUUCCCUAAUUAGUAAAUGCAAGCUAAAAAUCAUUAAUAUUUACAACAUAAUAUUGUACACCAUAAGUAUAUAGAAUUAAUAAAUUAAUCUUGAGUACCAAAUAUAAUCUUAACCAAGAUACACUAAGCUUACUAAUAUUCUGAAAAAACUAUACUUAAAAAUUUCAAGGGUUUCCAGGGCACAUGAAGGACAUUUUGUUGGAACUCACCCAAGAAUAGAAUUCCAAGUCCUCUGAGGACCUUUCAACCCAUCACACUCCUGCAGAGUUUGAGAGGUUGCUGUUUGGUAUAGACCUGUGCUCUGUAAUGGGAGACCACUGAAGAGCUUUCUUUUAGAAAAGAUGAUGUUUCUUGGAAAAGCUCACUGUUUGCACACCACUAUGACAUUUUGUUUUUCACCUACCAAGUAGAGAAAUAUGCUUGUGUCUAGUAAGAGGCCUGUAGUAAGUUUUAUGAAAAGGAAAAGGUUAUAUAGUUAAUGUAUAUAUACAUAAGCAGUCUUCUCUAUUGAUAGGUCAGUUGAUAGAGUGCCUUCAGAACAGUUGUGUUUGUUUUGUUAUGUUUUGUUUUGUUUUGUUUUGUUUUGUUUUGUUUUGUUUUGUUUUGUUUUGUUUUUCAGUGCUGGGGACCAAACCAAGGGCCUUGCAUAUUCUAGGCAAGUGCUCUGCCACUGAGCCACAUCCCCAAUAUUGUUAGUGAGGACGUUGGCCUAAAUAGAGAUGAUCCAGGGUCGGGAAAAAGAUUAUUGUUGCUCCUAAAUCACCUGGAGUAGCUGACUAAACUGGCUGAGUUCAUCAGAUUCUCACCUGAUGGUUUAUUUUACUAUUGCUAUGUAGCUACAAAAUAUUUCAAGAAUGCAAACACUGAACUUACAUUCAUAGUUAACAUCAUUUUAUAUGUUUAAAAACGUUGUGCACUGAAUUAAAUUACAUGCUCCAUGUAGAACUAUUUAACACGUUUCCAUAAAUUCUGUAGAAUGAAGUCUUUUUUUGGACAUUAUUUGGACAUUAAAGAGUAAAUAUCUGCCAGCAUUCAUACAAGCUAGAGAUAAUGAUGUAGCCAACUCUCCAUUACAUAAAAGAACAAAAGUGGGGGCUGAGGAUUUAGCUCAGUGGCAUAAGCGCCUGCCUUGCAAGCAGGCAGUCAUGAAUUCGAUUCCCGGUACCGAUAAAAAAGGAAAAAGACAAAAAAAAAAAAAAAAAAAAAGAACAAAAAUUACCAUGCAGGUCAAAAUACAAGGAAAAGAGUUUGAGAGCUUCAAUUUUUAAAAGAUGAGUUAUAAGUCAUGAACUGACAUUUCUAAUGAAAAUUAACUAACCUGUCUGAAUUUAUAAGUAUUAUAUAUAUUAUGUACAUAAUUAUAUACAUUUUAAAAUUUUACUUCAUUGUAGACUCUUUAUGCCUUUUCCUUACACUGAAAUCUGGACAGUAGGGUUCAAUGUAAUGUAACAGAUUUUUAUUUUCUUUCCUAUAAAUUCUUACUGGUUGUGUUUGUUUAACAUUAUGUAACUUGUACAUGAAUGACUCCAUUUGGUUAUUGGAAAAUGCUAGUGACAUGUAGUUUUUUUUCUAUUUACUACACAUCAUGCAACAAUCUGAAGUGAUUCAAGGUAUAAUUUCACUAAUUUUAUCCAUUUCAUUAUAAAAUCAGAUAGUAACAGUAUGUAACACUAGCAAAUCUUAAACUAUUGGUAAUUCCUAACACUUUCAAACCUAAUGCAUCUUUGUCCUAGCUUUUGCAGUAAAUUUUAACUAUUCAGAAAGCAAUUUUGUGUGAUCUGCAAAAAUUUUUCUUUACUUCUUUCUUUCAGUUUUGUCUCUACCCACUUCUUUUAUUAAAACACUGGUUCUGAAAAAACAAAUCACAUAUUUACUAUACUUUCUUAAAAUUGAAUGUGACAUUAAAUUCAAAAUAAUAACUUGUACUUUAAUUCUUCUCAGUUAUAUUCAGAAAAUCCUACUUUUAACUGCUUAAAAUAAUAAAUAAAUAGCUUCACACUACCCUAAGGAUAAACUAUUCAAACAGAAAUAUGGCAGUUUAUCUUAUUUACUAAAUCAAAAAUGUGAAAUAAUUUCACCUGAAUAUUUUAACAGUAUGCAUGCUAAAUAUACAAAAUUAUUAAAAACUAUGUUUAAAAUAUGUAUUUCAAGUUGAUAAACUUCUCUAUUUGUGUGAAACUGUAAAAACUUACUUCAAAUUCAUGUUCAGAAUAUGUAUUUCAAAUUGAUAUGGCUCUGUAUUUAUUUGAAAAUGUAAAAAAGUAAUUACUUGAAAAUCAUUUUCAAAAUAUGUAUCUCAAAUUGGUAAGGUUCUCUUGUCUUCAUUUGAAACUCAUUAUGUUCUAAUCUGUUCUCUGAAUCAGUAUAGUUUUUCUACAUGGAAUUUAUGGCCAGCAUGAGAAGAACCUGUACUGCUAGAGGAUAUAAAAUUUCAUAAAUAUUGUAAUAAAACUCUUAUUCCACACACUCCUGUUAAAA